UUGGUCUCGGUUGGUUUAGGUAAAAAUUGGCAUGGCUGACCGCAGUUAGAAGAUGAAUAUACACAAAUCUAAUAAAAAUAAUUUGAUUAAAGUACUUAGUGUUUAUUUACAAUUCCGCAGUCUAAUUUAUUACAAUUUGUAGUGACUAUUUUGAAACUGUAGUGUAAACUUUUCUUUGAAAAUGAGGAGAAGAAAAUAAUUGAUCAUCAUGGGAGAUAUCCGCCAACAAUUUUUGUUAUGAUGUAGUACUGUGAAUGUAUUAUCUUUAAAUAGUAUUGCAGAAACUUUAUAUAAUAAUGUCGUUUUUUAACAAUAUUAAAAAAGUGCUCCAUUUUGGAGGUAAUGAUGCCAAGAAGAAAAAAGUGUAUAACAAUGUGCGUAUGGAUUGUGAUCCUGAAGAAUUUUGGGACAUGAUAGGGGAAUUAGGUGAUGGUGCGUAUGGAAAAGUUUAUAAAGCGCAAAACAAACACACGGGCCAACUGGCCGCUGCUAAAAUGUGUCGUUUGGAUGGAGAAGACGAUCUGUCCGACUUCAUGAUCGAAAUUGAUAUUUUAUCAGAGAUUAAGCAUCCAAAUAUUGUAGCAUUACAUGAAGCUUUUCAGAAGGAGCAACAGCUGUGGUUGUUAAUUGAAUACUGUGAUGGUGGAGCUUUAGACAGUAUUAUGACUGAAUUAGAAAAACCUUUAAAUGAACACCAAAUUGCUUAUGUGUGCCAAAAUAUGUGUAAGGGUUUGCAGUUUUUACAUAAAUCUCAUGUUAUCCAUCGUGACUUAAAAGCUGGCAAUGUGCUUUUGACUAUGGCUGGCGGAGUCAAAUUAGCGGACUUUGGUGUCUCAGCAAAAAACAAAAGCACUCUUCAAAAGCACGACACCUUCAUUGGUACUCCAUAUUGGAUGGCGCCAGAAGUCGUACUCUGUGAAACGUUUCGGGACAAUCCAUAUGAUUACAAAGUAGAUAUUUGGUCAAUGGGCAUAACUCUAAUUGAGUUUGCUCAAAUGGAGCCACCAAAUCACGAGAUGUCUCCUAUGAGGGUGUUAUUAAAAAUUCAGAAAUCCGAUCCGCCCAAAUUAGAACAACCUUCAAAAUGGUCUAAGGAAUUUAACGAUUUUAUAUGUAAGGCUUUAAUUAAGGAUCCUCAAAAACGACCCACCUGUGAUGAAUUACUCAAGCAUCCGUUCAUUAACUGUACUCUAGACUCGAAACCUCUUCGUGACUUAUUGCUAGAAUAUAAAGCUGAAGUCGUUGAAGAAGAACUUACUGAUGACGAUCCAGAAGACAAUCGCACCUCCCAAAUUCCUCUGGAUAUAGAAGAUGACUCUACUUCCAUACAAAGCAACGAAGUUGAUAAUAAAGCAGCGGAGCCUGAACAGCCUGUUCAACCCAGUGAAGAAAAAGAAGUCAACGAACCUUCUGUUUUCGAUGAGAAUGCUGUGGAUAUAUCAACUUCUGUUGUUGCUGCUUCACCAAAUGAAAAGAAACAGCCUGAAAAGAAAGAGGAAGUGCAAAGAAAAACAUCUCGUGACAAAGGGAAAGCACCACCGCCCCCACCUUUACAAAGCCAGCAGUCUACUUCGUCAUCGUCUUCUGACAAAGACAAAGGACCUGCUCCACCUCCACCAGUCAUCAUACCCCCAUUGCCAACUCCUCCUUCGUCUCCUAUGACACCCCCUGAUACCCCACCUAGUUCUAGUCCGCUUCGAGUAGUAGAUAUUCCACUGCCACCCCCUCCACCGCCACUUCCAAUGGUUGUCGAGCCUAAACCGAGCUCGUCCAAAGUGGAAGAGAAAGUAGAUAAAAAUCGUGAUGUUACAGAUGACAUUUGUUCUUCAUCUGUCAACGUCUCCGAAAUUAGACGGGCGCUCGAGAAGCAACUUAAUAAGAGGCUUUCACAAGAGAAGGUGCAACCAUUCGAGAAAGUCAGUGAUGUCGUUACUGUUACUAGUUCCAGUGCAACCACACCCGAUGACAGUUUGAAUUUCGUCGUUGUCUCUACUCCACAAUCCGAGAGAAACAAAAAUACUUCGAUGAUAACUAUUAAUUCAAAUCUUCCGGACACAUCCAACAGUUUAGCUUCAAAUAUAAGUCAAGUAACUGUUGUAACAACUCAUCCUCCAGUAAUCAUAGACAAUUCUCACUACGUACCAAGAACCUCUUCAACAUCACCUAGCAAUAGCGCCAAUGAGGUUGUGAUCAUAUCCAACGAAACAAACAAAACUCAUGUAGAAUCUUCCGACGAUGAGUUCUGUCCUUCAUUGGAUUCUAUAGAAUAUCCACCUCCAAACGAGUUCAGAGAUAAGCCCCUGAAAGCUAAAAAACUUGAUGAAAGUGAAGUGAUGAUAACCGAUUCUAGUUAUGUAAUAAACGAUUCCGGACUUGACGUCUCCGAGGACAGUUCCAGGCUAUUAGAUACCAGCCAUGUAUCAGUUGUAAAAAUAGACGAAGAAAAAGUUCAAGUGAAGGAUUCUACGUCUUACCUAAGUGAUAAAUCGACAGAUAAUUAUAGAGGUUCAACGAGCGAUCUUUCUAAUACUUCGUCUGGAAAAUCUGGUAGUACCAAGAGCGAAUACGGUGAUGAGAUUCGUGGUACCUCAAUUAUCCUAGACGGGCCUUCCUCCGAUAUUCACGAAACGUCUAAGCAGAAACUUAAUGGACAAAUCGUCCACGCGGUUAGUCGGGAAGACAUCUACAAGAGGAGCUUAAACGGCAAGACUUACUCGGAUAGUUUUGAAUCUGCAAUGUCGGAUAAAUCGCACAGCGAUUGUGGAUCUGUGAGGAGCAAUGACUCCCAUAGAAGAUCCAGAUCUGGAACCAGUAAGAGUAUGGAGCACUCUGAUGUUGAAAGUAUUUCUAUAGCUAGUCAUGAAAGUCGGGGAAGUAACGAAAAAGAUAAAUUAGAGAUAGAAGACGAUGUCGUUCUCAGAAAACCACCGAAACCGAAACAGGAAACAAUAGCCAUGCAAAACAGAAAAACUAGAAAACGAACUAGAAAGUUUGUUAUCGAUGGCGUUCUAAUAACCACAACCACAAGCAAAGUAAUAUACGGUGACGAAGAAAAUUACAACUUAAGCGAUCCACAUUCGGAUAGAAAACAGGAACUGAGGGAACUGAAAUAUUUACAGAAACAGGAACAGAAACAGUUCCAGGACCUUGCCACUAAAGAAAACUUGGCCCUGGAGCAGCAAGAAAGAAAAUUUGAGCAAGAACGCCAAAACUUGGACAGGACUUAUGAAAAUGACUUGGAGAUGCUCAGUAGACAGCAGAGAAUGCAGAUUGAAAGAGCCGAAGCUCAUCAAGAUGCAGAUUUGAGAGCUGCCUCUAAGAAAAUAAGAGCUGAACAGGAAAGAGAGCUGAAAUUGUUCAGAGACGGAUUGAAACAGGAACUACGUCUACUUAAAUGUGAAAUUGAUAUGUUACCAAAAGAGAAAAGAAAGGCGGAAUUUAAAAUUCGCAAAGAUAAGAUGGAUGCCGACCACCUGGAAAGAGAGAAGGCUUUCUUAGAGAAAUUGAACGAAAACCACGAAACCUCUCUCAGACGGCUAGGCGACAAUCACCGGGAGAAAAUAGCGUUGAUGGAAAGGCAAUUCCUACAACAGAAGCAACAACUGACCAGAACCCGCGAAGCGGCUCUUUGGGACAUAGAAGAAAGACACAUUCACGAAAAGCAUCAGUUGAUAAAGAGACAAAUUAAAGAAAUAUUUAUCCUUCAAAGACACCAGAUGCUCACGCGACAUGAAAAGGAGAAGGAACAAAUCAAACGAAGAGCUGCAAGGAAGGAAGAAGAGCUUCUGAAAAAACAGGCUAUAGAAAGAAGGUCACUGCCCAAGCGUAUCAGGGCAGAAAUGAAGGCCCGUGAGGCUAUGUUCAGGGAAUCUAUGAGGAUAUCUAUAUCGGGCGCUUCUGAUCCAGAUGCAGAAAAAAAUAGGUUUAAAGAGUUCCAAGAAAAAGAAAAGAAGAGAUAUCAAGCAGAACAACAGCGGUUCGAACUGAAACAUCAACGCCAAUUAGAGGAGCUCCGAGCUAUGAGUGAUGCCACCAUUAAAGAAUUAGAACAGUUACAGAACGAAAAGCGAAAGAUGCUUUUGGAACAUGAAACGCUCAAACUGAAACAACGUGAGGAAGCUUUCAGCAUUGAACUAAAGGAAUGGAAGGCCAAAUUGAAGCCCAGAAAACAGAAAUUGGAGGAAACAUUUGCUCAGCAGUUGGAAGAGCAGGAAAGGGUGUAUGGACCCGUUGUUCCGUUAACCCUACCACCAGAUUUAACCGACUUAAAUACAGAUAGUUGUAGUAGAAUUGGUCUCGGUUCGACGAGAAGCAGUUUGUCUUCUGUUUCAGAAGGUUAAUUACGGAUUUCGCAGUGGACAGUAGAAUCCCAAAAAUCGCGCCUCUGUAUAUUUCCAGAGCAAACAUGAAACUAGUUGAAGUGUACAUAAUAUUUACACAGACUGAAUAUUUUAAUCUAUAUUUAUAAGACUAGAUAUCAGAGUUAAAUUUAUAAUGAAAAAAAGAAGAGAAGAAAAUGAGGUGACCUGAUCUACCCCACUAAAGAGGAAUGUUAUAUACAGUUAAGCGUUGAGAUUUAUAUUUUGAUUUAUCCCAUUUUUGUUAUUUUUUUUGAUUGAUGAUUGUUUUGUCUUGUAUUAUAUUAGAAUCUAGGGUGUCAAUUAAAACCUGGGGACAUAGGGGAAAUUCAUAAUGGCAGAACUUAAUACACUUAUGCGCUUAACACGUUAAUUAUUUAAGCUUUAAACAACAAUAAUCCUAUAAUUAGUGUACAUAUAAUCCUAACAGAAUUUAUAUAACUUAAUCGCAGGACAAUUGUUGCACCUUUUGUGGUUUACGUUUUCUUUAUGUCCCUUUCCAUGUAUCCUUUCUCUGAAGAAAAAGGUAAAGUUGUGUGCAUUUAUUAUCAACAGACUGACAGGUUUUAAAUUUUACCUAACGUUAAGUUACUUCAGUUCAAACGUUUGUCGUAGUUUAUUAAGUAUGAAUUGUCCACAUCUUAAUAUAGUUUAAUAUAACCAAAUCAUACUUAACAGAGUUAAGUUAAUGGGAAUUUUGUAUUUAGCCAUUACCCCCACACUCUUUUGACACCACAGUCUGAUGUAUAAAAUAAAUUAGUUUGUAUUAUUUA